ACUAAUAUUGAGUCAGCGUUGCUGUUACAUCCUCUAUGACUCACGUUGUUGUACGCAUAGUGCGCAUCAAAAAAAUGCAAAACUCCACUGAGGUUGUGUCUUUUGUGCUGUCUGCCUAUGGUAACAUUGGAAACUUAAAAUACCUGUAUUUCAGCAUAAUACUAUUAUGGUACAGCUCUAUUUGUGUGUCAAACACAAUUCUUAAUGUGGUCAUAUAUAAGGACAGAGGAUUGCAUGAGCCAAUGUAUUUGUUAUUAGGUAAUUUAUUUAUGAAUGAAAUAAGUACAAGCACAUCACUAUAUCCUCUUCUGCUCUCACAGAUGUUUUCAGAUACACAUGAAGUGACGUUGCCAUGGUGUUUUCUGCAGAUGUUUUGUAUCUACACGUGUAGUUGUGUCCAGUUAUGCAGUUUAACAGCUAUGGCCUAUGACAGAUAUGUCUGUAUCUGUUAUCCUUUAUACUACAAUGUUUUUAUGAGCAACAGGAGAGUAGGUAAGAUCAUUCUGCUUGUUUGGAUUUAUUCAUUUACUAGCUAUAUGUUCUCAUUUUCAUUCAUCCUCCCUUUGAAGUUCUGUGGAAAUGUUAUUGACAAAGUGUUUUGUGACCAACAGUUAAUUAUUAAACUUGCAUGUUCAGUCUCAGCACUUACCAGCAUAUCUGACUUGUUUUUUGGCUUUAUGAGUUUGAUUCUCCCUUUGAGUCUCAUUUUUGUCUCUUACAUAAAGAUUUUGUGGGUUUGUCUAAUUGUGUCAAAAGAAAGCAAACAAAAAGUCUUAACAACCUGCACACCUCAGAUUGUCUCACUGGCAAACAUUUUUGCCUACGCCACCUUUCAUUUUGUGGGCUCCAGGGUGGAUAUUCGCUAUAUAUCAGAUAAAAUACGUGUUAUUUUAUCCUUAUAUAUCCAUAUUCUUCAACCUAUGAUCACCCCCUUCAUGUACGGACUUUACCUACCCAAAAUAAGACAAUCGUGUAAAAGACUUCUGUUUGAUAGAAAAUAA